AUGGGUGAUGCUACUGACAACUCGCAAGGAAAGCUAACUUUGUACACUAAUCACGGAUGCCCGUGGGCCCAUCGUGCCCACAUCAUAGUGAAAGAGUUGGGUCUUGACUAUGAGGAAACGAUCAUAGACCUGGAAAGGCCUAGAGAUGAGUGGUAUCUGAGAAUCAACCCGCGUGGACUGGUCCCGACACUCCAACAUACACAUCCAGUGUUCUCUUCGUCUGAGCCCGAAACUGUCAUUGAGUCCGCCUUAGUGGUUCACUAUCUGAUUGAUGCCUUCCCAUACCUUUCGGGUCACAUAUACCCUGUGGCGAAAGACCCCAAGUCAGCAUACCAUCGCUAUACACUCAACUUGCUCCUUGAUACCUGGAUGAACAAAGUCAAUUCAUCUCUCAUGAGGGCACAGGUCAUGGCUGGCACGGAUGAGGUGCCUACAGCGGCAGACGAUCCGUUCGAGGCAAUCAAGACACAUAUUGAACCUCAGCUGGCUAAAGUGACCGGGCAUGGAAAAGGUCCCUUUUUUGGUGGUGCUGAAAGGCUAACUUUGUUUGAGAUCCUUGUUGCCCCCUUCGUUCUUCGUGCACACGAGUUCUCGAACGACAAGAUCCUUGCGAAGUCAUUCGCUGAACGGCUCGACACUUUGCCAGCGUACUCCAAGUGGGCUGCCGCUGUGCUCGCCCAGAAGAGUGUCACGUACAUCUGGGAUCGAGACACAAUGACUGAGAGAACAUUGAGGCGUGCCCCUGAGAUGAGGAAGAAGUUUGGGAUUUCCAAAUAG